CGCUAUUGUUCAUCUCCGACACGACAUCGCGGCCUCAUUGCACCUGUGGAAAUUCGACCCAGUCACUUCCAAUAUCGGCCUGCGCCUAUAGUUACGGGAUCCCAUCUGGACUUGGUGUGCUUCAAAGUUAAAUUUCCUUGUACCUCCGAAUUUCCUUUCCCCUCGUCUGUUCAUCUCCUAUACCCAUUUUCGACAUGGCGCAACACGGGUUUGGCCAGUUCGGAGGAGGAGCCAGUGGUGGCCAAGCGAUCGAUCCCAACGACCUCGCCAUGAGUGGCAACUUUUCCGCCUCCUCUUAUGGGAACAAUUUCAACGGUUCUAAUCAAGCCACUUCGUCGAACGCCUAUUCAAGUGGCUCCGCCCUAUUCGGCGAUGACGAACUCCUGGACGGAUUAAGCAGUCCUACCGACGGCCAAGGAAUGCACAGUCACGGGCAAGACUUCAGCGGCAUGUCAGAAAUGAAUAUGGGUUAUACCCAGCCCAUAUAUGGCUCGCACCAUGGCAUCGACCAGUCUACUAUGAAUGGCUACUCCAACACUCCCGAUGGUGACCCGAUUCAGAGCCCUUACGUCCACAGCUUUAACAAUUCCCAGUUUCGACAGUUCAACCCUCAGUCCCUCGGAACGUCUCUCCAGUCUCCCAUCUCCUACUCCGCUUCUCCACUGACAGGGUCCGAUCUGAAUGCCGAAGGAGCUGACGCCAACUUCCUUAAUGCCAAGAACAGGGCUCGAAUGGCACAGGCCAUGCAGCGGAAAGGUUCCAACUCGCGGGGUCCCAUGACGGCAAAGGCAGCCAUGCAUGGAGUUCCGAUCGGCUCUCAGGACUCGGCAGGAUUCGCGUCACAGUCCAUUCCCGCACCAGGUUUGCACGAUGGCAAGUCCCCCUCUGGGCCAUGGAUGCAAUCACCCAAUACCAUGGCCGCCUCAUACGGAUCCGGAUUUUCGCCUGUUCAGCCUAGCCUUGCACAACUGAACGAGGUCAUGAUGAAAGGGGGCUCGUCAAUGCCAGCCAAACUUGGAGUUGCUCAUAGCAACGCCGUAUCAUCUCAGGAGAUGAAGCGGAAGCGCCGCCGUGAAUCCCACAACCUCGUAGAGCGAAGACGCCGUGACAAUAUCAACGAGAGAAUCCAGGAUCUCAGCCGACUGGUGCCUUCACAUAGGCUGGAGGACGAGAAGAUUCGAAAAAUGCUCCAGAAUGGGACCCCGCUCUCGCCUAGUCUAACUGGCGUGUCAAGUCCCAGCCAAGCCACCUCGGGCCUUGCCGGCCCUGGCGCUCGUCGUGCGGCAGGGAGCACGGCUGGUAGCAUCACCACAGGCCUGCCUAUCGAGGAAAAGGACAAGGGUCCUAACAAGGGCGAUAUUUUGAACGGCGCCGUCAGCUGGACACGGGAUUUGAUGUGGAUGUUGCAUCUCAAACUUCAACAGCAGGAAGAACUUAUGAACGUUAUCUCCGAGCUAGGCGGGCAUUUUCCCUUCGAAUUGACCGAGGAUGAGAAACGCAUGCAAACCGAGUUGAUGGAGGCCAUGUCCAAGAACGACACGAUGUCGUACUCCCGGACGCCUGGAUCUGGGUUGCGAGUUCCCAACCAUACCGACAUUCGCGGAGAAUCCCUGAACGGUUCUCGCAAUACAACCGAGGGGAUCUCUGUCAGUCCAGGGGGUGACAGUAAUGGCGGUAUGGUGGGUGGUGGCGCGGGCGGUGCCACCGACUUCUGGCACGAACCGGACGACGACGAUGGUGAUCAAGGCACAAUGAACUUCAAGGAAGAAGACGAGUUUGGAAUGGACCUUACCCAGUAGAGAGAGACGUGCCCGCAAGGCGCAGAACAUGGUCUACGCAGACACGACUGACUGUCCAUAUCCAUCUUUCGGCUUGGAGAGUCUUUUUACACUGUCUUUCCGGGCCCACCAUACUGCCCGCAGUCGUCGGAAGGGGUUG